GUUGUCUGUCUGUUAAUCAUGUGCUUUUGUCGCCGUAAAGCAAAGAAAGCUGAGACUUGUCCAACAAAAGAAAGAGUUAAAUCUCCACAUUCUCCAAAAAGCGUGCCGGACGACAAAAAGAAGAGAUCGCCUUCAACAACGCCUGCUAGAAUAAUAAAAAGAAGUUUGUCUCCCCCACCCCCUCCAAAACAACAAAAGAAAGAGCAACAACAAAAGAAGCCUAUAGACAAAAGAAAAAACAAACAAAAGAAGAAGAAAGUCAAGAAUAACCAACAACAACAACAACAAAAGCCUGUGGAGACGGCAAGAACUUUGAGAUCAUCAACUCCGACCUCUGACAGUCUGUUAUUGAGCAAGAAAGUUAGCGAAGAUCAUUUUGAACAUGUUUCGUUUAAAGGAAAAUGA